CAAGGAUACAUAAUAAGAGGAACCUGCGGCAGCUAGGACCAUCCGGCCUGUCCGUCCACGAGCAUGGGCAACGAGCAGUCGACAGUACCCCGCCAGCAGACAUCUAUCCAUCGAUCUACUUCGACCGGGGGCUCUACCGACAGGCGACAACGAUCGCCGGACCACUACGCAGGUCUCCCAUUUGUCGUCUGGAAUGGCCAGCACCAUUUUGCCGAGCCUUCCAGUUACAAGUACAGCAGCAGAGCGUCCCAGAUCCAAGGUCAUCCUGUGUUUGUGGAUCCCAUCAAGGCAGACGACGAACUCCGAAACGCUGAUGCAUUACUCGGCAACAUUGCCAUCGUCGAACGCGGGGGAAGGCUGCACUUUCCAGAUAUAAUUCGUCGAUUGCUAAAAGCAGGUGUCACGGGAUGCAUCUUCAUCGAGCGAGAACAUUACUUUGGCCCGAAGCUGUUGUUCGAGGGUUUCCACUCGUCGGGUCGGCAGUCCGUGGACAUUCCGAUCGUCCGCCUUUCCAAACAUCACGCCGACCAAUUUCUCGCAAAGAAGCCGUCCAAGGUUGUCAUUGAGUUCUUGCGAGGGCAGGCGGCGCUGGACAAGCUCGUGGACGACGACAUCCCGUUUGGUGUGGCAACAGCGUCCCGUCUGGGAGACACAAUCAGCUUGCGCGCACUGCUCAUGACUGCCCAAGAAAAAUUCUCGAUCAAGGACAUUCCGUUGUCGAAUGCCCUCUGCGAUGCCGCCGAAAACGGACAUGUGGACUGCAUUGAAGUGCUGCACGCCUGUGGAGUAUCUCUAAACGAGCACAAGCCCAACGGCACAACUCCCCUCAUGGUGGCUUGUUCUGUGGACAACAUCGAAGUUGCCCGCGCCCUCGUCAUGUUUGGAGCCAACAUCGAUGCUGAGGACGUGCAUGACCACACUGCGCUCAUGAUUGCGGCAAGAGACGGUGCUGACGCGUGUGUCAAGUACUUGAUUCGUAAGGGCUGCUGCAUCAACUUGUCUCGCAAUCGAAAACGAGGAACGACAGCGGUGCACAAUGCUGCGCGAAGCGGCUACGUCGACUGCUUGGCGACGCUGAUUGAGGCCAAGGCCGACUUGGACGUUCCCAGUGCCAACUCGACGACGGCGUUGAUGGAAGCCGCCCGUGCGGGUAAAUUAGGUGCAGUGACACUGCUCGCGGAUGCUGGAGCAAGCUUGGGAGCGAAAGAUCGAGAGGGAAAUACUGCAGAAACCAUUGCAGCCCACGCUGGCCAUCAAGCAGUCGAAGAUUUUCUGCACGAACGAGCUGAAAGCGAAUCUGUAAAAGAUCAGCGGCGCCUCAUUGAAGAAGCCGUGGGCAAUCCAGCCUUUACCAUCAUGGAUUUGAUUCGGUUGGCGGACACAGAGGGCGUUGGAAUUGACAUUCUGAAGCGAGAAGUCAUGCGAAACCCGAAAACCAUCGCGUGGCUCGAGGAACCUCGCGUGAUAUACGACGUGCUUGGGCACAUCACAGCGCCCCCUUCCACGACAAUAGAUCCUGUUUAUGGACCGUACAAAGCGCAACAUUUUUGCAGCGAAAUUGCUUUGUGGUACAACAUCCACGUGUUUGAAAAACUCGGCAAGAUUGACCACGGAACUUGCGUCGGGUAUUUCAAAGUCCUGUUCAACUUCUUGUGUCGAAGCGGCGUGUUGGACGAAGUGCUCGUGGUCCUGUUUUGCAAAGUCGUCAACUUUUACGUGAACAAUCGGUACCUCGGGCCAGCCAUGCUCUACUUUUUGGGUACGGAAAGCAACCACAUUGUGCCGUGGCUCGUGUGUCAUAUCGGCCUCGAUUCUAUCCGUGAUACGGUCGUGUGGAUCCUGUACUCGGACUUGUCGAAGGAAGGCCAGGCAUUUCUUGUCCAGAGCGGUCUCUUCGCCUGCAUGUUUGAUCGACUGUACUCGUGGCAACGAACACUCAGCUGGGGAGUUGGCACCCCCUACCAACGUGACUCUGUCGAGAAUAUUUGCUCGCUGCUCAAGUACAUCAUCUUCCCUCCCUCUGUGUGCGACCCCGUCGUGUUCGUUGAGAACAACGACUUUUCACUGCCCCUCAUUACGGCACGUACACCGACGGGCCUUCAAAACGAGCUGCUGCGGACGCUUCUGUCGCACUUGUGUCGGUCCGACAAUGCGCUUCAAGUGUUCUUGGACUUGGGGUGUGCUGAACUCGCGCGGCAAGUCAACGACCAGUGCGUGAAACUUCCUUUGGAAGAGGGAGGCGCGCUGUCUGUCCUGAUGAUGCUCAUGAGCACGCUGGGUUACCACAAGAAAAAGCGCGACAUUGCAACUGUGGAAGGCUUGAUUCGGGAUGUCCAGAGCGACCUGACCGCGAUUUUGGUGCCACGCGUGGCGUCGAUUGUGGUCCUCUGCAAGAAUUUUGUCGCUAAAAAGGGCAAGACUGGCAACACGCUUCUCUGCGUCGUGACAUUUCUCAAGCGGUGCAUUUUCCUCCAACACAGCGGCCUGAACGCGGCGUUAGCGUCGGCGGGAUGCAUGCCCGUUCUCAUGUCGUGCUUUGAAUCGAACCCAAGCAACAGCAUGCUGCACCACGAGGUUACGGAUAUAAUCCGAUUUGUACUGCUCGAUCCAGAUCAAAAGCGCCUUCCAUCGUGUCCGCUCCUCAACAGUCUGUUUUUGCCGUCAACGAGCUUACUCCAUUUCGUGAUGAAGUCGUACCACGAUCGAGUGCAGUACAAGGGCCACAUGACGACAAUUGCCAACAGCAUCUUCACCCUGAUCAACACGCCAAGCUACAAGGACAAAUCUUCCAUAACGUGCCAAGAAGUCGUGCGGCAGUACACGCUCGCGAUUCCCGAGUGGGCAGACUUUGAAACGGUGCUGGCAAAGCAAAACGCGGUCGAAAUGACGCCGUUGGGCCAGCGCCAUGCACCCCUUUGCACGGGAUGCAUCAGCUUGAAGGAAAGUUCGUCCAAGUAUGUGUCGAGCACGCUCGGCAACGUCGAGCGAAUGAGCGGGUACCUCGAAACAAUCUUUUCGGGGGCGGCAACGUUCCACUGCAAGGUCAACAUCACGGACGACUUUAUCACGGGAUUCAUGUACAAGAAGGACAAAAUUCACGACCACAUCCCAGUCCCCGAGCCGACUCGCGUGUCGUCGUUUAUUCAAUUUCCAGUGCCGAUGCCGUUCCAUGCGCUGACGUUUACGCUAACGUACGUGGGGCUGUGCCGCAAGUGCGACAAACUUUGGUACUGCGACACGUUGCAGAGCGGCAUGGCGAAUUGGAUCACACGGAUGAAAUGGGUCAUUCCAACGUCCGUUCGAAAAUGGUACUCGUUUGGGGCGUCGGCCGGGCCUGGUGGAGGCGCGCAUGGCAUCCAGUUUACUACCAAGGGGUACAAGAACUUUCUAGUGUUAACGGACACGUGGGGGCGACAAGAGCAAUGGAUUCACGCGAUAGAGGAUGCCAUCGAAGCGUCGCUGACGAACACCCACGUUUCCAGUGCGAACGCUCUCGCCAUCGAAAUCGACAACGACGCGGAUAACAGCACAAUCGACGCGAUGAAGAAGAACGAGACUGACGACGACGUUGGCGGACGGAAACGGGCGCAAACCGUGGGGGGAAAGACCAAAGAACUCGACCUCAAGAUGUUCCAGAAGAGCGUCACAUUUGACGUCAAGUCGAAGUCGAUGGCGAUCAACCGCUUGCCCCCUCGCUUCCAGACAGAUCCGAACGAAACAGGGCCAAAGGAUCCCAAGGGAGGCAUGCGGCACGUUGCAUCCCUGCCAAAUUUGGCGGCGUACGAGAAGCAGUUUAAGACGCAAUAGGAUGGAUGUAAUCGCGUGAAGCGGAGGGCGACGUCAAAGGAGCUAGCGGCAGGUACUAAAGGAUGCACGAUAUAUGAUGGAAAGAAGUGUGCCAAACGGCAGACGGCCACCAUGUCUCUCCAAGAGUUUGGAGCGAGGGCCAAAAAUAGCGCGUGGAUAGUCAGACUGGUGCACAACGAUCAGUACAAUCUCGCGACCACAACAACGGUGCUGCGGACGACGGAGGUUCAUGAAACCUAAUGGCACCAGCCAGCCGGCGCUUCCGCGACUCUAUCCGCGCAUGGAG